AUGGACAAGACCCAUAUCGCUUCACUCCUGAAAUCAUGUGAUCUCUUUCCGAUUCCUCAAGGCGUCAAGCUUUCGUACGGAACAGCUGGGUUUCGAGGCGAUGCGAAAUUGCUUGAAUCCACUGUCUAUAGAGUUGGGAUCCUCUCAGCUCUCCGAUCGGUCAAGCUCGGAUCAGCGACCAUCGGGCUCAUGAUCACAGCGUCGCACAAUCAAGUCUCCGAUAAUGGCAUCAAAGUCGCAGAUCCAUCUGGUGGUAUGCUUUCUCAGGAAUGGGAGCCUUUCGCAGAUCAGAUCGCCAACGCUUCUUCUCCUGGAGAACUCGUCUCGUUGAUCAGACAGUUUAUGGAGAAGGAAGAAAUCACAAUCGGAGAUAAGAAAAGUGCAGAGGUAUGGUUGGGAAGAGAUACUAGACCUAGUGGUGAAUCGCUUCUUCGAGCUGCGGAAAUCGGAGUUUCCUCUGUUUUGGGAUCUGUUGCGAUUGACAUGGGGAUUUUGACUACUCCGCAAUUGCAUUGGAUGGUUAGAGCUAAGAACAAAGGUCUUAGUGCAACUGAGAAUGAUUACUUUGAGAAUCUCUCUACUUCGUUCAGGUGCUUGAUUGAUCUGAUCCCAGUUAGUGGUUUAGAGAUUAGCAAAUUGAUUGUAGAUGGUGCUAAUGGUGUUGGUGGACUUAAGAUUGGGGAGCUAAGAGGGUCUUUGAGCAAUCUUGAUCUUGAGAUUCGUAAUACAGGAAGAGAUGGAGGUGUGCUUAAUGAAGGUGUAGGUGCUGAUUUUGUGCAGAAAGAAAAGGUUGUGCCUUUAGGAUUCGGGUCUAAUGAUGUAGGGAUGAGGUGUGCGAGUUUGGACGGCGAUGCGGAUCGAUUGGUUUACUUUUACAUUCCUUCAAACUCUUCCUCGGAGAAGGUUGAGCUACUAGAUGGCGACAAGAUUCUGUCUUUGUUUGCUCUCUUCAUCAAAGAGCAACUAAACGCUCUCGAUGAUGAUGAUAAAGAAGGGAAGCAUUCUCGUCUUGGUGUUGUGCAGACAGCUUACGCGAAUGGUGCAUCCACGGAUUACCUCAAGCAAUUGGGUUUAGAUGUUGCUUUUGCAAAAACAGGUGUUAAGCAUUUACAUGAGAAAGCAGCAGAGUAUGAUAUCGGCAUCUACUUUGAGGCUAAUGGCCACGGGACUAUACUCUUCUCGGACUCUUUUCUAGCUUUUUUAGCUGCCAAACAAAAAGAUCUUACUCAGGGCUCUGAAGAGCACAAAGCGGUUUCUAGACUAGUGGCGGUGAGUAAUUUGAUUAACCAAGCGGUUGGUGACGCUCUGAGUGGAUUGCUCUUGGUCGAAGUGAUUCUGCAACACAUGGGAUGGUCUGUACAGAAGUGGAAUGAGCUAUACAAGGACCUUCCUAGCAGACAGAUCAAGGUUGAAGUUCCAGAUAGAACAGCGGUUGUAACCACAAGCUCGGAAACAGAGGCUCUGAGACCUUUGAGGAUUCAAGAUGCCAUUAAUGCUGAAAUCAAGAAAUACUCGCGUGGCAGAGCUUUCAUUAGGCCAUCAGGUACAGAAGAUGUGGUGAGAGUAUAUGCUGAAGCAUCUACACAAGAAGCUGCUGAUUCUUUGGCUAAAUCUGUGGCUCAACUCGUCGAAGGAUUUUGUUAG